CAGCGCAAUAAGACUGAGAGGAGGCGACUCCAGGGGCUGCAGCGGUCGUUGACGGCCUCUUCCAUGAAGAAACCUGUUGAACCGAAGACCUUGCGCGAGAAGUUUAGUAUUUGGAUGAUCAAUGAGGGAGGACGGCAACUGUUUUUUGGUACAUGGAUCUUCUUGCACCUGCUGGUGGCCGUCUUCGGUUUCAUGAACUAUCAGCUCAAGGAUAACUUGGUGGAUGCGCGUGCAUUGUUCGGCGUUACAUUCACUAUCGCUCGAACAGCUGCUCUAAUUCUUCAUAUCGACGUUAUCUUCAUUCUCCUCCCUGUCUGCCGUAACUUCGUCUCUCUGCUCCGUCGCACCCCACUUAAUGACAUUAUUCCCUUCGACAAAAAUAUCACCUUGCACAAAGCCACUGCGUGGUCCAUCGUUGCAGGCACUGUGGUUCAUGUCGUGGCGCACAUGGUUAAUUUCUACAAGUUGGCUAUGGCAGAUACCGAUGCCAAGACAACCGGACAACGGGUUCUUGCCUUCCUCGAAGCCAAUUUCAAUACAGGGCCAGGCGUUACGGGGUGGAUUAUGACGGUUUCUUUGGGAAUCAUGGUGUUUUUCGCCAGUGAGAAGAGACGUCGUGCUCACUUUGAGAGGUUUUGGUAUUCGCACCAUCUGUUCGUUGUGUUCUUCAUCAAUUGGCAGUUGCAUGGCAUGUUCUGCAUGAUCAAACCCGACCGCCCUCCUUAUUGCUCUUCCAACACUAUCGGAGUCUUUUGGCGCUAUUGGCUCAUUGGAGGCGUCAUUUGGAUUUCUGAGCGUGUCCUCCGCGAAAUCCGCUCCCGUCACAGGACAUAUGUUUCGAAGGUCAUCCAACAUCCAUCCAAUGUCAUGGAGCUUCAGAUCAAGAAGGAGAAGACAACCACCAGAGCUGGUCAAUACAUCUUCCUUUCCUGCCCCGAGAUUUCAUACUUUCAAUGGCACCCUUUCACCCUUACAAGUGCUCCUGAGGAAGACUACAUCUCUGUCCACAUCCGUGUCGUCGGCGACUUUACUCAAGCCUUAGCAAAGGCCAUGGGUUGCGAUUUCGAGAAGAAGGGCAAGGAAGAAACCCCCGCUGGCGGAAAAGUUGUUGGAACAAAUGUCAACCCUUCCGUCAACCGACUGUUGCCCCGCGUCAUGGUGGAUGGUCCCUUUGGAAGUGCGAGCGAGGACUUUUUGAAAUACGAAACCGUCUUGCUCGUUGGUGCUGGUAUCGGUGUCACUCCCUUUGCAUCAAUUCUGAAAUCGAUCUGGUAUCGCAUGAAUAACUUUAACAACUCAAAGCCUACAAGGUUGUCCAAGGUUUACUUCACUUGGGUUAUUCGUGACUUCGGCGUCGCAGAAUGGUUCCACUCGCUCCUCCACGCCAUAGAGGAGCAGGAUACCCAAGGGAGAAUUGAGAUCAACAUCUAUCUUACGGCGAAGAUCAAGGAGGACGACAUGAAUAACAUUAUUCUCCAAGAUGUUGGCGCUGAGAAGGACGCCAUCACCUCUCUUCGUGCACCUACUCACUUCGGAAGGCCCAACUGGGAUCGCGUGUUUGGCUCCAUCGCUGAGAAGCAUCCUGAGACUGAUGUUGGGGUGUUCUUCUGCGGCCCUGCUGUCCUUUCAAAGCAACUCCACCAAAUGUCGAACAAAUACUCUGAUCCUAAAGGAACCAGAUUCUUCUUCGGAAAAGAGAAUUUCUAGGUGUCGUUCGUGAUACCCCCUGUCUAAUAUACAUUAUUGCAUGAUCUACCUUCCUUUUGCAUUAUUUCGGUCUCUGGAGGUUGUCUUAGUUCUGAGGAUGCCGCUUUGCUUCAGCUUGCUUGCCCGAGGUAAACGUUGUACUACCAUUCGGUUGAGCCUGGUGUUGGGUUGUACUAUUAUUGUUAAAUUCAUUUCCACCAAUAGUGAUAGAGUCGUUCUGUGGA